AUGUCUGAUUUGGGGCCUCUGAAUUACUUUUUGGGAAUUUUUGUCUCCUGUACACCUUCUUAUAUGCUUCUCUCUCUGCAAAAGUAUGCACAUGAAAUUUUGGAACGUGCAGGCAUGAGGACUUGUAAGCAUGUUGCCACUCCUGUUGACACUAAUGCAAAGCUUAGUGCAGUUUCAGGUCCUCCUAUGGCGGACCCAACUCAGUACCGCAGUCUGACAGGUGCUCUGCAGUACCUUAUAUUUACUCGCCCUGACAUUGCCUAUGCGGUGCAACAUGUGUGUCUUUUUAUGCAUGAUCCACGGGAGCCUCAUUUAUAUGCAUUAAAGCACAUCCUAUGUUAUAUUCAAGGCACCAUUGAUCACGAAUUACACUUAUAUCCUACAUCUACUUUGCGAUUGAUUACUUAUACUGAUGUAGAUUGGGGUGACAAUCUUAUUUCUUGGUCUUCUAAGCGUCAGCCUACUCUUUCUGGAUCAAGUGCAGAGGCAGAAUAUAGAGGCGUCACAAACGUCAUUAGAGAGCAACCGCGUCCAACAUCAGCGCACCAAACAUGUGGAUAUGGACAUCCAUUUUGUUCGCGAGAAAGUGGUGUUGGGUCAGGUAUGGAUGUUGCACGUUCUUUCGCGGUAUUAGUUUGCAAAUAUUUUCACUAA